AUGCUGGCGCUUGUCCUUUCUUUGGUGUACGGCUUUCUGGCCUCCGCGCCUACUGCUCUCGCACUAGGGUCCGCGUGCUCUUCUGCGCUCAGCGGCGGGACCGCUGCAGCCACAGAUCCCUUUUGGAUGCAGAACAUCAAGCACCAGGGCUCUUCUGCGUUCAAUUCGGACCCUAGCUCCUACACCGUCUUCCGCAAUGUCAAGGACUAUGGCGCCGCCGGCGAUGGUACUACAGAUGACACGGCUGCUAUCAACUCUGCCAUCUCCGACGGCAGCCGGUGUGGCGAUGGGUCCUGCGCAUCGUCUACUCUCACGCCCGCAGUCGUCUACUUUCCGCAGGGUACCUACUUGAUCUCGGCACCACUCAUUUCGUACUACUACACACAGAUGAUUGGUGACGCGAGGGUACCUCCCACCCUGCGGGCUUCAUCCAGCUUCUCGGGUAUUGGGGUCAUCGGAGCAGCACUCGGGUCCGCUGUGGUCGCAAAUUGCAUGCUGACGCCGCUGCCUCUGCUCACCGUUAGAUGUGGAUCCAUACAUCCCCGGUGGAGCGGCGCGCAAUGGUACAACGACACGAACAACUUCUACCGUGCGGUCCGCAACUUCGUCAUCGACCUCACGGACAUCAGUGCGGCCACCAGCGCGACCGGCAUCCACUGGCAAGUCUCGCAGGGCACGUCGCUCUACAAUGUCGUCUUCCAGAUGAGCACCGCGAGCAACACGGCGCACCAGGGUGUCUGGAUGGAAAAUGGCAGUGGUGGCAUGAUGGGAGACCUUGUCUUCAAUGGAGGCAAAUAUGGCAUAUGGGCGGGAAACCAGCAAUUCACUGUCCGGAAUGUGACCAUGAACGACUGUCAAACUGCCGUCUAUAUGGACUGGAACUGGGGCUGGACGUUCCAGGGCGUGACGAUCAACGGCGGCCAAGUGGGCUUCGACGUGAUGACCGGGGGCACCACCAAGGCCGCCCAGACCGCCGGUGCGAUGGCGAUCAUCGACGCGACCGCGUCCAACACGGCCAUCUUCUACCGCACCUCCAAUUCGUCCAACGGCGCGCUCGCGGGCUCGGUCGUCCUCAACAACGUCGUGCUGAACAACGUGCCCACGGCCGUCACCGUCCUCAACGGCGCCGAGGUGCUCGCCGGCGGCACGAUGACGAUCGACAGCUGGGGCCAGGGCAACGUGUACUCCGGCACGGGCAGCUCCGCGACGUUCACGUCGGGGAACAUCCCCGCGCCCACGAAGGCGAGCGGCCUCCUGUCCAACGGCCAGAUCUUCGGGCGGACGAUCCCGCAGUACGAGGACUACGCGGUGGACCAGUUCGUGAGCGUCAAGGACCAGGGCGCAAAGGGCGAUGGCACGACGGACGACACGGCCGCGCUCCAGGCUGUGUUCAGCAAGUACUCCGGCUGCUCCAUCAUCUACUUCGACGCCGGAACGUACAUCGUGUCCAGCACGCUGCAGAUCCCUGCUGGCACGCAGCUGGUCGGCGAGGCGUGGGCGGAGAUCAUGGGCUCAGGCUCGGCGUUCCAGGAUCAGACCAACCCCUCGCCUGUUGUCCAGGUUGGCGCAUCGGGCUCGUCAGGUAUCUUGGAGAUCUCGAACGUGAUCUUCACCACUAAGGGACCUGCCCCCGGUGCGAUCGUUGUUGAGUGGAACGUCAACUCGCCAACUCAGGGUGGCGCCGGGAUGUGGGAUAGCUACAUCCGGUACCCUGGGGGUACCGCCGGCACAGACCUGGAGGUGGCGCAGUGCCCUUACACGCAGUCGAGCCCGUCGUCGUCUUGCUUCGCGGCCUUCCUUGGCCUGCACUUGACGUCGAAGUCGAACGCGUACCUCGAGGGCACUUGGGUCUGGCUUGCCGACCACGACCUCGACGACACAGCACAGACGGACCUUUCGCUGUACAGUGGCAGGGGUAUCCUUUCGCAGUCUGCCGGUCCGGUCUGGCUGAUUGGUACUGCCCUACUACCAACCUACCCCGUCGCCCCCGUCGCCAUUCUCCAUCAACAGCGACUACGCCGAUCCGAGUUCCCGUCUGGCCUGGCCGCUGCGUGGGGUCUGUACGUCCAGUCAUCGUCCGACAUCAUCGUCUUCGGCGCUGGUCACUACAGCUUCUUCCAGAACUACGCCCAGACCUGCCUCACCAGCGUGGACUGCCAAUCGCAGAUCGUCAACGUCGACACCGCGUCCACCGGGAUCAGCGUAUACAGUCUCUCGACUGUUGGCGUCGCCACCUCGCUCAGCGUCGGCAGCUCGGCCGUCAUCGCGGCCAGCAGCAACCCCGACGGUCUGCAGGACACGGUCACUGCCUGGACGCAGUGA